AACCCGCAAGAAAUAAAAUAAUAUCGUCGGUCACCUCGCUUACUAUCGUUAAAAUCACCUUGCAGCACGAGCAAGCUAAGGCAAAGUUUAGCCAGAUGGAAAUGCACCUCUCCCUGGCCUCAUGGCCUCUCCUCCUCGUCCUGCUCCUACCCUUCGUCUGCUUGCUAUACCUGCUCCAGGAUCACAGCAGGAAGCAGCAGAUGCCUCGCGCAUCAGGCGACGACCUCAAGGCCUACCCGAUCCUCGGCAGGUUCCCUCACCUGGCCAAGAACGGCCACCGCCUUGUCGAGUGGUCCGUCGAGGUUGCGAAGCGGAGCCCGACGACGCGGACCAUGGCCUUCAAAGCCCCGGGCCUUCCCGGCGUCGUCAUCACCGCCAACCCGGACAACCUUGAGCACAUAGCCAAGACGAGCUUCGCCAACUACCCCAAGGGCGACCAUUUGUCGUCGACGCUCGAGGACUUCCUCGGCCACGGCAUCUUCAACUCCGACGGCGAGCAGUGGCUGCGGCAGCGCAAGGCCGCCAGCUUCGAGUUCAGCAAGCGCUCGCUGACGAAGUUCAUCGUCGACACCGUCCGGUCCGAGGUCGUCGAGCGGCUCCUGCCGCUGCUCGAGCAGGCCGAGCGCCAUGGGCGCGCUCUGGACAUGCAGCACGUCUUCGAGUGCUUCGCGUUCGACAACAUCUGCCACGUGGCCUUCGGCGACGACCCCGGCUGCCUCGCCAAGGAGGGCGCGGCGGCGCCCCAGGGCCCGGAGUUCGCGCGCGCCUUUGACUACGUGGAGGGCGCCAUCCUGGGUCGGUUCGCUGUGCCGGGCUUUCUGUGGCGUGUCAAGAGGGCGCUCAAGAUGGAGCCCGAGAAGCAGAUCCGUGAGGCGCUCGACGUCGUCCACGGCUACGCCGACAGGAUCGUCCGGAGGUGCCGGGAGAGAAGGGAGGCCGCCGGGCCGGAGAGCAGGGGCGACUUCCUGGCGCACAUCGCCGCUCGCGACGACCUCGGCGACGAGAACCUCCGGGACGUCGUCACCAACCUCCUCCUCGCCGGGCGCGACACAACGUCGGCUGCGCUGACAUGGUUCUUCUGGCUGGUCUCCGGCCGGCCUGACGUCGAGAGCAAGAUCGUGGGCGAGAUCCGCAGAGUGCGCGGCGGAUCACCUUCGACGACGACGACGACCUUCACCUUCGACGAGCUCCGGGAGAUGCACUACAUCCAGGCCGCCAUCACCGAGUCGAUGCGGCUGUAACCGCCGGUGCCCUUGGGCAUGCACUGCUGCAAGCAGGACGACGUCCUGCCGGACGGCACGUUCGUCGGGAAAGGGUGGACGGUGAACCACUCCGUGUACGCGAUGUCACGGCUGGAGGAGCUGUGGGGCAAGGACUGCGAGGAGUUCAGGCCGGAACGGUGGCUCCGGGAGGACGGCACGUUCCAGCCAGAGAGCCCGUUCAGGUUCCCGGUGUUCCACGCGGGGCCAAGGAUGUGCCUCGGCAAGGAGCUGGCCUACAUCCAGAUGAAGUCCAUCGUCUCCUGCGCCUUCGAGAGGUUCAGCUUCCAGUACCAUGGCGGCGAGGAGCACCCUGGGCUGGACUACACCAUCACGCUAAGGAUGAAAGGCGGUUUGCCGAUGCAAGUGACCAAGCAGAGGCCGGGGCCAGAGGCAGAGGCAGGGUAAUUAAACUGUUGUACCUGUGCUACUACUAUUUUGCAUGUAACAUUCACAGCCUCCGAUGAAGGCACAUCCAUCUCGAGCCCAGUCUUUCGGUUGUUAUUGCUUUGUUAUUCUUAGAUAAUAAGAAAUAAAGAUAAAAUACGUGGGUGGUA